UUGGAGCAGCAAAGAAACUCUCUCAAUCAGCAGGUAAGGAGCAUAAGAGAUGAAAUCUCAAUUGUUCAGGAAGCAUCCUCUAGUGUUGGCACCGUCGUAAAUAAGAUGGGGAAGAAAAAGUGUUUGGUAAAAACGCAGCCAGAUGGUAAAUACACUGUAAACGUGGAAGAUGGAGUUGAUUACGACAGUCUUAAGCCGGGAACAAGAGUAGCACUUAGAUCUGACACGUACGAUAUUCAUCGAAUAUUACCUACCUCGGUAGAUCCAAUUGUAUCAUUAAUGAUGGUGGAAAAAGUGCCAGACAGCACAUACUCGAUGAUUGGUGGCUUGGAUGAGCAAAUUAAGGAAAUUCGAGAAGUAAUUGAGAUGCCAAUCAAGCAUCCAGAAUUAUUUGAGAACCUUGGAAUCGCACAGCCUAAGGGUGUGUUGCUAUAUGGACCACCUGGAACGGGCAAAACGCUCCUUGCUAGAGCAGUAGCACAUCACACACAAUGUAAGUUUAUUAGAGUUUCAGGUUCUGAACUAGUUCAAAAAUAUAUUGGCGAGGGUUCACGGCUAGUGAGGGAACUUUUUGUAAUGGCAAGAGAACAUGCACCUUCGAUAAUCUUUAUGGAUGAAAUAGAUUCGAUUGGAUCUGCACGUACGGAUGGCAAGAGUGGUGACAGUGAAGUUCAAAGAACAAUGCUUGAGCUUUUAAACCAACUUGAUGGGUUUGAGGCAUGCAAUAAAAUUAAGGUUAUAAUGGCAACCAACAGGAUCGAUAUACUUGAUCCAGCUCUUCUAAGACCCGGACGAAUAGAUCGUAAGAUUGAGUUUCCAGCGCCUAAGUCGAGUGCACGGCUUGAAAUAUUAAAGAUUCAUUCUAGAAAGAUGAAUCUAACGAAAGGAAUAAAUCUGGAAAUGAUUUCCGAGAAGCUAGUUGGAUGCAGCGGUGCAGAAGUCAAGGCUGUAUGCACUGAGGCAGGAAUGUUUGCAUUGAGAGAGAGACGAGUGCACGUAACACAGGAAGAUUUUGAGAUGGCUGUUUCUAAAAUAAUGAAGAGGGAUGGUGCCAGUGAAGAUUCUCUUAGAAAGAUAUUAAAGUAA